UCUGAGUGUUAACAAUCCUUGAAGGCUCAAUGCACAGCAGGACUUUGAUAAGGCAAAUCUCUUCUACGUGAUCCCACACAAAACACACCCCAUGAUGAUAACUUUUUUAUUUUUCAACACAAUCGCCACCUCUAAAGUAUGAAGUAAAAGGAAAACUCAACCAAAAACACAAGCAGGUUUUAAUUACAGGACUGAAAACAGAUCAUUCAAGGGCACAGUGAUAAUAUUUCUUUUUCCUUUGUAGCUGCUGCCUCAUGUGCCAGCUUCAAGGAACAUCAGGGGCAAAAAAUGCCACCACACUUGAAACACUUUUGGCUGGUGUCUAAAAUAUUUGCUUUAAUUUAACAGCAGCACACACCUAUGGGAAUGGGAGGAGACAUGUUAGAGCAAGUUAGAACAAGGAAACACACACACAAAAAGAACAUUGUGGGCAAAAUACACUAAUAAUAAAAUAAAUGUGGCUGUUAAGGUGAAUUUGCACUGGUAACAGAUGAGCCAACACACCUCAAACAUUCAGAGAAUAUAAACACAACCAGGAAAGAUCCAAACAAAAGCACAAAAACAACUGACUCUCGAUUUUUACUGGAGGAAGGAGGAAGAUGAUCCUCGUGUCUGAUGAAUGUCAUCAGUGAUGUGGUGCUUGUUACCUGAUAGGAUCUGCGGACUGAAACAAACUGUGUCUGAGUCAUCGGCUUACCUGUACAAAGUACAGAAACACUCUCACCUCCCUCCGUGACGGAAAACCAUUGGACAGAAAGCCAAACAGCUGAACCAGCCUUCAUCCACUCGUCUUCAUCAAAACACAAUGAAAACUUUAUUCUUGUUACUUCUCUUCUGUCACGGAUCAUCAGCAGUCAAGCAGUUUUUAAAAUUCUCCUGCACUGCAUCGACUGGACUAUCAAAUUUCCCGGAGUUUGUACUCACUGCAGAGUUUGGUGGGAUUCUGAUCGGGUACUGCGACACCAAUAUAAAGACAGUAGAAAUAAAACAGGACUGGGCGAAAAUGUUCUAUAAGAACAAUCCUCAGCACUUGGAGUUGUUCAAAGCGGGGUGUUUGGAGCGUCUGCCAGUCUUCUUCAAAGCCACAAUUGACAGUUUGAAGCAGCUCUUCAACCAAAGUGGAGGUGUCCAUGUGUUACAGAAUAUUAAUGGCUGUGAGUGGAAUGAUGAGAUGGGACAAGUUAAUAGUUUUAAUCAGUUUGGUUAUGACGGAGAGGACUUCAUAUCACUGGACCUGAAGACCUUGACAUGGAUCCCGCUAAAACCACAAGCUGUCACCAUCAAACUGAGCUGGGAUGCUGACAAAGCCAUAAUAAGAGACAAUGAGGUGUACCUUCGUCAGGAGUGUCCCAAGUGGCUGAAGGUGUAUGCGGCCUACGACAACAGCUCUCUGUUGAGAACAGGGCGUCCCUCAGUGUCUCUCCUCCAGAAGACGCCCUCCUCUCCAGUCAGCUGCCACGCUACAGGUUUCUACCCUGAGAGAGCCACACUCAGCUGGAGGAAAGAUGGAGAGGAGCUUCAUGAGGGCGUGGAGCUCGGAGAGAUCCUCCCCAACCACGAUGGAACCUUCCAGAUGAGUGCUGAGCUGAAUCUUUCAUCAGUCACACCUGAAGACUGGAGCAGGUACACCUGUGUGUUUCAGCUCUCAGGUGUGAAGGAGGACAUUGUCACCAAACUGGACAAAGCACACAUCAGGACCAACUGGGUUCCUCCCUCAGAGUUUCCUACUGGUGCAGUUGUUGGAGUUGUUGUAGGACUUCUGCUGCUGACACUCUGCAUCUCUGGACUCCUCAUGUGGAGAAGGAACAGAACUGGAUUCAGACCAGCAGAGACUGCAGACUCAUGAUGGGAUAAAAAUUCAGCUGCUGCCUCAUCACAGUGAGGUCGUCAUUGUUUCAGCUCUGCUGUGCACAUAACCGCACACCAACAGGAAGUCCAGUUUUCAUCAUGUGUAUAAGUACACCAGCUUUAUCAACUGGUAAAAGUAAAAGUACUCAUUCUUAAAAAAAAUGUGUUUCAUUUUUGCCAGUUAACAUAGAUAUGUCUUGUGGUUCUUCACAAACUAAUUAAUAGAUGAGAUGUUUAUUAUUUGUUCAUUUGUAAGCUCAUCAAUCUUUACUUUGUGUCUGCUAAUCUGACAUAAACUUUAUUUUGGAGAUUAAAAAGACAAACAUUUUCUAGAUUGUUUCCUGUAUUUACUGUU